UCCGUUUUCCCAGCAUGCUCUGCGUAGGAGAGGGGCUAAUGGCGGAGUACGGCAGCAUCCUCACCCCGGCCGCCCUGGGCCUCAACGCCGCCGCCGGCGGACACUCGCCCGGGCCCAAAGUGGAGGCCUUCGUCGACGCGCUGCAGAGAGCGCGGCAGAUUGCUGCUAAAAUAGAUGCUGGGUCACAUCUGAACAAUUCUACUCCUGUGGUCGAUCCUGCAAUCUAUGGUUAUGGGAGUCAGAAACGAACACUGGAUGAUGGGGUAGGGAACCAGCUUGGGGCCAUGGUACAUCAAAGGACCAUAAUGUCUGAAGAGUAUAAAGUGCCUGACAAAAUGGUUGGAUUCAUAAUUGGCAGGGGAGGUGAACAGAUAUCACGGAUACAGAUGGAAUCUGGCUGCAAGAUUCAGAUUGCACCUGACAGCGGAGGUCUCCCCGAACGGUCCUGCACAUUAACGGGUUCUCCAGAGAGCAUAGAAGAAGCGAAACGACUCCUAGGACAGAUUGUGGAUCGGUGUCGGAAUGGCCCGGGUUUUCACAACGAUAUGGAUAGUUCAAACAGUGCUAUACAGGAAAUUCAAAUCCCAGCCAGCAAAGUUGGUCUGGUCAUUGGCAAAGGAGGAGAAACUAUUAAACAACUUCAGGAGAGAAAUGGUGUAAAAAUGAUCAUGAUUCAGGAUGGGCCACUUCCAACAGGAGCAGACAAACCACUGAGGAUUACAGGAGAAUCUUACAAAGUCCAGCUAGCGAAAGAGAUGGUCUUGGAAAUAAUCAGAGAUAAAGAUCAGGGUGAUUUCAGGCGGAAUGAAUUUGGUUCCAGAAUGGGAGGCAAUAGUGUAGAUGUGGCUGUACCUAGGUUUGCUGUUGGUAUUGUAAUAGGAAGAAAUGGUGAAAUGAUCAAAAAGAUUCAGAAUGAUGCCGGUGUAAGGAUUCAAUUUAAACCAGAUGAUGGUGUUAUGCCAGAUAGAAUUGCUCAGGUGAUGGGACCGCCAGACAGGUGUCAACAUGCUGCUCAUAUGAUUAAUGAACUUAUUCACACUGCUCAGGAAAGAGACGGUCAAUCUGGCUUUGGCGGUCCAGGAAGAGGACGGGGUAGGGGACGUAAUGAGUGGAAUAUGGGACCCCCAGGCGGAAUGCAGGAGAUUACGUAUACGAUCCCUGCUGAUAAAUGCGGCUUGGUUAUCGGAAGAGGUGGAGAUACUAUAAAAAGCAUAAACCAGCAGACGGGAGCACAUGUGGAACUGCAGAGAAACCCACCUCAAACCUCUGACCCUAACAUCCGAGUAUUCAUCAUCCGCGGAGCUCUACAACAGAUCGAGCAUGCUAGGCAGUUAAUAGAAGAAAAAAUCAACGGGGGCCCCGGACCGAGCGGACCUGGAGGAUUUAAUGCAAGUCCUUAUAGCCAAGGACCACCUGGACACCACCAAAAUGGCCCACCGCAAGCCUUCAUGACGCAGGGUUGGGGAAGUACAUACCAGCCGUGGCAGCAGCAAGGACAGCAGGACCCGAACCAGAAUGGUGGACAUGCAGGUCAGAUGGAUUACUCCAAAGCCUGGGAAGAUUAUUACAAGAAACUUGCCCAAGCUACAGGCACUGCCCCCGGGAAUCCGCAGCAGAGCUCACAGCCAGACUACAGUGCCGCGUGGGCAGAGUAUUAUCGACAGCAAGCAGCCUAUUAUGGACAGGCCACGCAGCAAGGGCAGGCCCCUGGGCAUCAGGAUCAAUAAUUUGAUGUCCUCUUGAAGAUAUUUGAAUCAUUGUGGGUUUGAAGCCUUUUUUAGCAAAAGGUCGACAAGAUUUGUGACGCCUUGAAGAAAAAAACUUAUACUUUUGUUUCUGAACACUAGAAGAGAAAAAUACUUAUUACCAUAACUUUCUAGAUUUACCAUUAAUGGAGUAAUAGUGAACUUGAGGGGAGUGCGGCAGUUGAGGACUGAACACUGGGGAGAGGGGACAUUGAGCGACAAUGCAGUCAGGACAGGCUAGAGUGCGAAUGGUGACUCGUUCGUUUUUAAAACAAAAACAUUCUUUUAAUUCUCCCCCCACCCCACAUGGGCAGCACUGCCGGGCAGAACUGAAGCUGGCGAUGUGAAGCUUCUUUCUUGAGUGUAAAGUACGUACGUCCCAGUGCAGACGGCAGGAAUACUGGUGCUUGUGUCACCUCAGGGUUCAGUCCAGACUGGCAUCACGGGAACACUGGGGUGGGGCUGCUGGUUAGUUCAGUACUGACCGAAAGGUACUAAUGGCCAUGAAAUACAGAUAUACCUAAUGUGUGUGUGUGUGUGUGUGUGUGCGUGCGCGUGUGUGUGGACACAAGCACCUCAUUGUUGUGAAGUGCAGGAGCUCUGUGCUGCUCAGCACCAGAUACAAUACUGGGGGCUGGUACAUUUUUAUACCAGCCUGUCGUUAGUUCUGCUUUGUGACCAGGGGCUGCCAGUCAGGCAGUGAGGAGCACAAUGGAGUAAACUUUUUUUUGUUAGGAGUAAAAAUGAGAACUGUGAAUAAAUAUUUAAUAUUUUUUCUCCAAAGUGCAUGUUUUAUGUCAGUGAUUGUCAAAAUCGAAGCUUAAAAAUGUAUUACAGGAAAAUCUUUGGCACAUUUUGUAACUAAUGAAUCAGUCAGAAUGAGCACUCGUCUGUAACAUGGACAAAACGGCAGAGAAUUGCCAUUCCCACGAGAGCCUGGCCUGACUCACUCCCCCUCCCGUCCUCCCUUUGCUCCUCGCUCCUCGCACUCGCUCCCCCACCCUCUCCUAACUCCCGUUCUCCUCCCUCCGCCCCUCCUUUCUCCCUCUCGCUCUUCCCCUCGCUCCUCCCCUGUAAGAGGCGAGGAUCGGGGGGGUUCGCUGAAGUGCUGAUGACGUGACUGUCCACCUUCUGGUUCUGUAUUCUGCAAUUAGAUUGCACCUGUCUGUAAUUACCUGAAAAAGAUGAGACAAAAAAACUGAAAGUACAGGUUUUAUUUUUUAGUAUAAAAAAGGUUGGUUGUGUUUGGUAUACACCUCUAAAGUACGGACUGCAUAAAGUCUCCAGGAAACCUGCUAAUGACUAUUUUUUAAUUAUUCUUACGUGGUGUGAUCUAAUAUGUAUGAUUAUGUUAGCAAGUGAAUGAAUUUAGUAUUAAUUACGUAUGUCAAACAAAAAAAUUACGUUGAUUAAAAAAGGGAUGUUAUUAAGUUCCUGCUGUUUAACUUGUAGUAUUUGACUUUGUACAGUUAACAGUGUAGAUAAACCAGGAGCUUUGGUUCUGUUUUUAAUGACCUGGAGUUUACUGGACAUUCCGUUUAAAAUUGUACUGAUUUUUUUCUAUUAAUGCUCGAGAUGUCUAACUUUGGAAAGUGCGACUGGUAAAUAGCUCUGUGCAGCAUGUUCAAAAGAUGUAUCCCUUUUAUUUUACUGACACUUGCAUUUUACACUCUAUAAUAAAAUGUCCAC